AUGCGUCUGGGGCUACUGGCCGCGUGCCUCUUGUCAACUGCCACAAUGGCUCUUGCACAGAGUGAUGGUUGGACGGUUAGUGAUGGUUGGACGGCUAGUGAUGAUUGGACGGCUAGUGAUGGUUGGACAGAUGGUCGGACGAGCCCCUCGCCUAGCCCCUCUCAAAAUUCUUCUUCUUCAUUGGGUUGUGGUUGUAGUUAUCCAGGAUUGUGGUUGGAUGUGAUCCUCGUUGCUGAUUCCUCGUCCUCAAUGACUCAAGCUGGUCUUCAAACAUUGCUCAGUUACAUCGCUACUGCUUCAUUACAAAUGAGCAUUGGGCAACAAGUUGGACAGGUAUCUCGGCUGGGUAUUGUCACCUAUUCGGAUACCGCUACUUUGCGUUAUGCACUCACCGAUUUCAAAAACACAGAUGAUAUUAUCAACGCUGUCUUCAACGUUAGACUUGAAGGAAAUGGUGGAAGUAACAUUGAAGAUGGAAUUCGCGUGGCUCUAAACGAGUUCGAAAAGAACGGAAAAGGCAAUUAUUCAAACCGCAAAAAGGUGAUCAUCAUCGCAGCUUCGCACUACGAACCGGGAGGUUCGACUGACCCUCAACAAGCAGCUGCCACUUUCCGUGGAAAUGGUGGAAUCAUCAUUACUAUUGAAUACGUUCAAAACCAUGGAACGACAGUACCAAUUCUCGACAGUUUGGCUUCCAACUGCUCGCAACUUUCAAACAGAAAUGAGGACCUUCGUGCUUCCGAUCUUCUCGACAAAUUCUGUCAAGCUAAUUGCUUCUGCUCUGCCAACUGGGAUCCUUAUUCACUCGAUUCAAAGUGCUACACUCCAGACAAUGGAUGCUAUUCUCCAGUAACCAUCCCAGCUGCAUGGCCCCUUGCUCAAAGAUAUUGUGCUAUGCAAAACAAUGCAACACUUCCAACUGUUUGUGAUGGACCAAAAGCAAUUUUCAUGACUUCGCUGCUCAAGAACCGCAAUGAGGCUCAAUGGACGGGACUUUCAAGAAGCUCCAACGGGCAGUUCACUUGGGACGAUAAGACUCCAUAUGCUAAUUGCUACCCCGAUACCAAUCCAAAAUGGUUGAACGGAACGGCCACAAAUGGACAAGCCGUUGCUCAACUCAACCCAAGUGGAUUUGUCAAUGGAUUCUUUGGUGCUCCUCAGUUCACGGAUUAUCUCUACACUUGCCAGAACUCUCCUUGCAGCAGCACACUCUAUUGCUCU